AUGUGAGCUAGUGGAAAAUAUAGGGCGUCAAUGUGUAUGAGGUCCGACAUUCAUGAAUUAUUAAUCGAAAAACGACUGGGCUUGGAGUUUCUACACGUACAAUUUACUUACUUGAUAAUUGAAAUUGACCCAAUGCGAAACCUAGCGGACCAAUGUGGACCCUGUGAGGGGUGAGACUCGUGACAACUACGUGGUGGAUAAUCGUAGGUGGUAAAUAUGAUGUGUACUUUUUACUCACAAUGAAAACUCUUAAUAGCUGAUGUGCAUGGAGGUGCAAUUCUUACGGCAUAUUCUCUUAUUUCAUUGUGACGUAGUUUAUCACUGAGUCAGCGCCUGAUCGGUUUUAUAUCCGUGAAUAGUCUUGGGCUUUCAAUUCUUUGUUGCAGUUUUUGGAAAGAAUUAAAGGACAUGGACAGCAAUAAAGAUGAGGCAGAUCGAUGUCUGGAUCUUGCUGAUCAGUGUAUUCGGGACAGCAAAUUCGAAGAUGCUGAAAAAUUCGCCAGGAAAGCUAUGAAACUUUACCCCACCAAAAGGGUUGAAGAAAUUCUCGCGAGAGUCUCGAUGUUGUCGAAGCAGAAUAAAAAAUCAGAUCCUGAGCCAGAAGUCAGAAAACGCCAAACGACAACAAAUAAGGAAAAUAGUCAGCCACAUGUGAAUGUCGAGUAUUCAAAGGAACAGUACGAUUAUGUUAAACGGAUAAAGAAGUGUAAAGAUUAUUACGAGAUAUUGGGUGUAACUAAGGAGGCCACUGAUAGUGAAAUCAAGAAGGCAUACAAAAAACUGGCCCUGCAGCUUCACCCUGACAAGAAUAAAGCCCCAGGUGCAGCUGAAUCAUUCAAAGCAAUUGGUAAUGCUGUGGCAGUCCUCACAGAUCCUGAAAAAAGAAAGCAGUAUGACCUCUACGGCUCAGACGAAGAUCGAAUGCAAUCAGCGCAUUCACGAUCAACUCACACCCACUACAACUAUUCGCGAGGAUUUGAGACUGACUUUACAGCUGAGGAAUUGUUCAACAUGUUCUUCGGAGGUGGUUUUCCGCAGCAAGAGUUCUAUAUGAGACGAACUGGUGGCAGAUGGAUGAGACAAACACCUGAUAGUCAGCCACAGCAUGCCCACAGAGAGCAAACCAAUGGCUACACUGCCUUCCUACAAAUGCUACCAGUGCUUUUAUUAAUCGUUCUCACCAUGAUGAGCAGUUUCUUCAUCUCUGAUCCUCUCUAUAGUUUACACUCGAAUGCGAAAUAUUCGGUUGAGAGGACCACCCAAGAUCUCAAAGUGCCCUAUUACGUCAAGGAGAAUUUCCCCAGCGAGUACCAGGGCAGUUUGCGUAGAUUGGAAAUAUCUGUCGAGGAGGAGUACAUGAUAAAUCUCAGGAGUACUUGUUAUAAAGAAAGAACUUACAAGGACUCAAUGGCCUGGAAGGCGAGAAACUUCGGUGACGCUGAGCUAUUCCAAAGGGCAAAAAACAUGGACACCCCGUCGUGCCGUAAACUCCAGGAAAUCCAUGCAUAAACUAGAUAAUUCAUCUUGCAUCUUAAAUUGUAGAUAGGUGUAUAAUAUACAUACAUUGUGUAUCAAUUAUCCACUUGAAUGCUGUAGAAAAUACUGGAGUCGAGCGUGAGGUAUAUCAGCUUGCAAUGAAAACUCUUGAGAACCAACGAGUAAAGCUAAUCUGUACUGCAUUUUUAUUAACAAUUCAGAUAUUUCUCAGUCGGUCAGCAACAUGUAUCGAAAUUAAGGUUUCUUCUACUAUUAUGACUUAAUUCUUUGUCUGUACACCCAUGGAAAUUUACAGGUCUUUUAAUGAUUAAUUAUCAAUUCGACGCGGAGUAGAAAGAUGUAUGAGUAAUGUGCACUUAUUUAUUUAAUGCAUCAUAUAAUGCAGAGUAUCCAUGUAUAUGAUAAUUAAUAUUGGUGAAUAAAAAUUGUUGUUUUACCUGCAAUAAA